AGUCGGGCUAGCGCAGCCCGUUGGAAUUGCUUCUAGGCGGACUUUUGGAGGGAAGUAGGAAAUUCAAUGCCAGGGGGAUAUAAAACGCAGAAGAAUGGGAGCGUUGAAAAUCCAUCAGAAAAGCGGUUAAAAGAAGAGGGCUUCGGAAAGAAAAGGUCCGUAUUUCACAAAACAUUAGACGUAAGAGACAGUUGGCCUUGUACUGUUUCAUAUUUGAGCUAUGCUGGCCAUUUUCAUGGGCUGUGUUUGCACGAAGCGCAUCAAACAGCCACCUGGAUAUGAGGAUCCUACCAUUCUUGCUUCUGAAACAUCCUUUACUGUGAGCGAAGUGGAAGCUUUAUAUGAACUAUUUAAGAAACUAAGCAGUUCCAUUACUGACGAUGGACUUAUUCACAAGGAAGAGUUCCAGCUUGCACUAUUCAAGAACAGCAACAAGCAGAAUCUUUUUGCAGACAGGAUAUUUACGUUGUUUGAUCUUAAACAUAAUGGGGCAAUUGACUUUGGGGAAUUUGUUCGAUCGCUGAGUGUCUUUCACCCAAACACUCCAGAAUCAGAGAAAAUUGCAUUUGCAUUUAAAUUGUAUGAUUUAAGGCAGACUGGCUACAUUGAACGUGAUGAGUUGAAAGAGAUGGUGGUUGCUUUUUUGAGUGAAUCAGAUCUGAGCCUCUCAGAUGAUGUUGUUGAAACGAUUGUUGGUAAGACAUUCAGCGAAGCUGAUUCAAAAGGUGAUGGAAGAAUAGAUCAGGACGAGUGGAAGGAAUAUGUGACACAGAAUCCAUCUUUGAUGAAGCAUAUGACUCUUCCCUACUUAAAGGACAUAACCAUUGCAUUUCCCAGCUUCGUGUUGAAUUCUAAAGUCGAGGAUGAGGAGAUAAGGGCCUAAAUACACAGACUGGUUAUCUCUGGAAACUAGUGUUGCUGCGCGUCACCUUCUUUAAGGUGGUGCAGAUGUAAUUACCUGCUCUUUUUUUUUCUUCUUCUGUAAAUGAAAAUGAUGGUUUUUAAAAACACCCAAAAGCUGGGUUCGCUAACCAGGAUGUUAUACAGAAAAAGUGCUCUUAUUUGCAAACCAGGAUGCUAUCUUCAACUCUCCAAGCUGGUUUUUCCAAUGUAGGGCAGAUGGAAGUAAAUGCAUGUGGUUUGGUAACUUACAUUGUUUGAAUUUUGAUUCAUUUUAUAUACACGCUGACAUUCACUUUUGGUCUUUGAUCAUUCAAGUGGGCCAUUGUUGGUUGGA